AUGUUCGACCCGUCCGCGGCGCCGCCCGUCGACGAGUGCCCCUUCUGCGCCAUCGCCGCCGCGCACGCGCCCUACGACCCGCGCCGCCCGCCCGCCUCCCUCAACGCCGAGCUCACGACCCCGUCCUCCUUCGUCGUCCUCUCCACGCCCCUGCUCGUCGCCUUCCUCGACAUCAUGCCCCUCUCGCCCGGCCACCUGCUGCUGUGCCCGCGCCCGCACCGCCCCAAGCUCACCGACGCGACCCCCGCCGAGGCCCGCGAGCUGGGCGCCUACGUGCGCGUCCUGUCGGCGGCGCUGGCCCGCGCCACGGGCGUCGACGACUGGAACGUCGUGCAGAACAACGGCGCCGCCGCCUCCCAGGUCGUGCCCCACGUCCACUACCACUUGAUCCCCCGGCCCGAGAUUCGCGCCAGCGGCCGCCUCAGCGAGAGCUUCACCAUGUUUGGCAAGGGGAGGCGCGAGGAGCUGGAUGAUGAUGACGCGGAGAGGCUGGCCGCCGCGAUACGCAGGGAGGCGGCGGCGGUGCUGGCCGAGGAGAUGCCCGACGAGGACUCGGAUGGGAGUGGGAGGAAGACCAAGUUAUGA